UAUAAAAAUGAAAAAUAAUAUUAACUCGUCAGAGUUCUAUCAGAGUUUGAGAUCUAUCAAUACCAAAAAAGCUUUAUAAUUCACCUUUCAAUUUCAAUUCUUCGGAAUCGUUGCACGUAAUUGCCACCAUUUUUCCAAUUCGUUGCAAGCGUCGAUACCUGUUAAUCGUGAUUUCUACACCUUUUUCCCGAUAAUAAAUGAGACUAGUGAUAAUGAUGGACAGAUAAUGGCGAGUACGAUAUAUGGGCAACCCUCGCUGUAACCGCGAUCAUUCAGUUUCACUCGAUCGUCUUUGCUUUAUUCGAAAUAUGUGGUUUACCAGUGUUGGCCAGUUCGAAUAUUGAUAAACGGUGUUCACUCUCCGCGUUAAGAAUCUCGAAUUGUCGGAUCGAAGAGAGGAAGGAAAGAAUCGGAGAGGACAGGAGUAAAGCAUUUCGCUUCGGUGUUGGUGGUUACGUUCCUUUUCAACGUUAAUCCCAAAGAAAUGGAAAGCACGGCAAUGAUUAAUGGCACACCCAUCCACCAGGAGAGCAGGAAACUGUGGCAGUACCUCGCCUCUAUUUCCGCAUGUAUAUUGGUGGCCGGAGUGGGCACAGCCCUAGCAUGGACCUCGACCGUGCUUCCUCAGUUGGCUGCAGCUAAUUCAUGGCUAUUUAUCACGGAGGAACAAGGUUCCUGGAUCAGUUCUCUGCUCGCGGUCGGCGCCAUUGUCGGUGCACUGGGUUCAGGAUCGAUGGCCGACAAAAUGGGACGAAAGAAGUCGCUUCUUCUGUUGUCUGUUCCAUUCUUGGCCUCCUGGGGUCUCAUCCUCGUCGCGAAAAACGUAAGGCUCCUCUACAUUGCCAGAUUUGUGGUUGGUGCUGGCGUUGGAGCGGGCUGCGUCCUCGGGCCCACGUACAUCUCUGAAAUUGCUGAAGUCUCGACCAAAGGAACGCUGGGUGCUCUCUUCCAGCUGUUCCUCACCGUUGGAAUUUUCGUCGCCUUUAUCCUCGGCAGCGUUCUUAAUUACACCAUGUUCGCCCUUGUCUGCGCUCUUAUCAUCGUUCUCUUUUUGAUCACUUUCUACUGGAUGCCAGAAUCUCCUGUCUGGCUGGUGAGUCAAAACAGACGGCAGGAUGCCUUGGCGGCGUUGUCGGUCCUCAGAGGAGAGAAUUACGAUGCAAAGCAGGAAAUGAACGAGAUGCAAAAGGCAGCAGAGGCAAGCGCCGGUAGGAAGCCUAGCAUCAUUGAAACGGCGAAAGAUCCGGUUAACAAGAAGGCGAUGGUUGCCUCUUUUGGUAUGAUGUUCUUUCAGCAAGCUUCCGGUGUAAAUGCCGUGAUCUUCUACACGGUGAUGAUAUUCAAGGCAUCUGGAAGCUCGAUACCGCCUGAAUUAGCAUCCAUUCUCGUCGCGUUGGUUCAGUUGGUGAUGUCAGGUGUCGCGGCACUGAUUGUGGAUCGAGCCGGAAGAAGACCGCUGCUUAUGAUUUCUACCAGCGUUAUGUCAGUCAGUUUGAUCGCGCUUGGAUACUACUUCCACCAGAAAGACGGCGGAAAUGACGUCAGCUCGCUAGGCUGGCUACCGCUCGUUUCCCUGAUCGUUUUCAUGAUCGCCUUCUCCAUUGGAUUGGGCCCAAUACCGUGGAUGCUGAUGGGCGAGCUGUUCUCUGCAGAAACGAAGGCCGUUGCCUCCAGCGUCGCGGUCAUGUUAAAUUGGGGGCUGGUCUUCGUGGUAACUAAAAUGUUCCCGACGAUGAACGAAGAGUUAGGCUCCGACAUGACGUUCUGGAGCUUCGCCGUGGUUAUGGCUACCGCCACAGCUUUCACGUACAUGAUAGUCCCGGAAACUAAAGGGAAAACCUAUCAAGAAAUUCACGACGAACUUCAAGGUGGCACCGGCGAAACUUCACCGCUCAAAUCUGUCCCCUGAGAGCGAUAUCAAUUAUUACUUUAACCUCUUAGAGAGAAAACAUUUCCUACCUUUUUCUACAUUCCAGUGCAUUCAAGCCAUCCUCUCGUCUUUCUUUAAAUGUCAAUCGAACGACAUUAUCGCAUUGUCAUCGAUCGCGGACGACCGUGGCCUAUCAUUCUUUUAAAUAUGUGCGACAUCUCGAUUCAUUUGACAAGUCUAAUUAUUUUUACCGAUCAAACAGCCACGUUGGUGUUUGACGCAUUCGAGAAAUGGACGUUGACAUUGAAACACGAUCGAUCUGGUAUAUUUUCAACGAAUGCUAUCUGUCAACUACGAGGACUGUAAUUUUCGUUCUGUCAAAGCAUUUUUUUGGAAGAAGGCCUGGUUCAAGUAAGGUUGCACGUGAAAGAUUUACAGACAAAACAGAUGCUGAUACACAUGGGCACCGGAAGCGUAGUAACUGGGACAAUUUUCUCGACGAUAGAAUCAAGCUGGGCAGAUUUGUGAAACUGACCAAAAACUUUGCUGUCGUUUCGAUUUUCCAUUCCGGCUUUUCGAAUCGUCAACAUUUGACAAAAUCAAUUUUUUCUUAUUUUUUUUUGGUCUUCUGUGAUUUUUUAUAACAUCCCUAUGUAUUUAUUACGUCUAUCGAAGAGAAUCAAAGAUGCUCCAUCAGUGAUUUAUUUAUUUCCUUUUCUUAAUCAAUUUAUCUUCGUUCGAUCAAAUUUGUUUGAUAAUUCGUUCCGACCCGAGGCAGAGGGAGAGAGAGAGGAGUUGUCUUCACCUGUAAGUGGUAUGAUCUUGAUGACAUUCACUAUGGAAUGGAAAGAUUCACCGUUGCACCGCGAGGUGUUAGAUUCGCUCUAUCGUCUUUUAUUUUCCAUUCUCUUUGAUUUACUCGAGGCGACUUCGAGACGAGUGUCUCGAGCGCUGAUAACCGCGAUAACUAUCUAAGGUAUUGACGAGUAACUGAUUGAUCGACGCGUAAUUCUUCGUACCCUCUCCUUGUCUCUCUCGUCUUCCCCCUUUUUUUUUCUUUUCUCGCUGCAUUUUCUGACACAAUCGUAACAAAGAAUCGACGUCACUCGCGUGGUCAUUUUAACGCUGCUACGUUCUCUCAUUUACACUUACCAAAAUUAA